GGGCGAUGCCGUGCGGGCAGCCGGAGAGCGGCGGCGCCGCCGCCCCCGCGCGCUACGUGCUGGGGGUGGACGUGGGCAGCACGGCGGUCAAGUGCCACGUCUACGACCGGGCGGCCGCCGUCAGGGGCUCCAGCUGCAGGAAGAGUCACUUUAUCCUCAUCCUGGCUGGGUUGAAUUAGAUCCCGAAGUCCUGUGGAGCCAAUUUAUUGGUGUAAUAAAAGAGGCGGUGCAAGUUUUCUUUUUCGCCUUUAAUGGAAGUUAGAUCUCCUCAUAGAGGAAUUGAGAGAGCAUCAUAGCUGCUAGGAGAAAAGUGGUGGGAUCCUGCAGCUUGUGGAGAUGGGGAGGAGUAAGCCAUGCCAUCCCAACUGGCGAGGAGCUGCGGCAGUACCAGUAUGGUUUGUCUACACCUAGCUGCUACUGGAAGGGAAAAACUGCUGUUCACAAGGCACCCGCUCCAAUGUCCUCCUCCCAUGUGCUCCUGUUAUCAAGCAGAAUCUGUUUUUCAGCUGGUUGAGGGUCUUGCUAUUAAUGCCUGCUUCAGCUCAAGGACUGCGAGGUCCUUGGGGCAGAAGCUGCAGGACUUCACAUGAGGCAAGUUGCUGGUCUUGGCAUCUCAACACAGAGAGCAACGUUCAUUACGUGGCACAGACAGGGAAACCUUUUCAUAAUUUCAUAAGCUGGCAAGACUUGAGAAGUGCUGAACUUGUGAAUUCCUGGAAUAGAUCCCUUCUGCUGAAGGUAAUCCAUGUUAUUUUUACAAUACUUCAUUUCUUGACUGGGAACGAUCGAUAUUUGGCUCCCAGUUUUCUUACUUUUUCAACACACCAGACUUCUAUGAAGUUGUCGUGGGUUUUCAAAAACAUACCUGAGGCUGAUGAAGCUGCCAAAAAAAAUAAUUGCUGCUUUGGAACAGUUGACACAUGGUUACUGUAUAAAUUGACUAAAGGUUCUGUAUAUGCCACAGACUACUCAAAUGCUAGUUCUACAGGCAUUUUUGAACCGUUCACGAAAUGUUGGAACCCCACCUUGUCUAAUUUACUUUCCAUUCCAAUGUCUGUUUAUCCUCCAGUGAAAGACACGAGCUUCAGUUUUGGAUCAGCUGACUCUGAAAUAUUUGGGGUACCUGUUCCAAUAAUGUCAUUGGUAGCUGACCAGCAGUCAGCCAUGUUUGGGGAAUGCUGCUUCCUCCCAGGAGAUGUUAAACUGACGAUGGGAACAGGUGGCUUUUGGAACAUUAAUACUGGAGGGAAUCUCUAUGCAUCAAAGAGAGAUCUAUAUCCACUGAUUGGAUGGAAGAUUGGGGAUGAAGUUGUCUACAUAACUGAAGGCUGUAUGUCAGACAUUGGCAAUGCCAUAAAAUGGGCUCAGGAUAUAAAUCUUUUCACCAAUGUAGAUGAAACAGCAGAAAUGGCACGGAGUAUUGUUGAUUCUCAAGGCGUUUGUUUUGUUCCAGGUUUUCAGGUUUCUGCAAAUGACCCGUAUUUAUGUGCCUCUUUCAUGGGGCUGAAACCUACUACAAGCAGAAGUCACCUUGUACGAGCUAUAUUGGAAUCUGUAGCUUUCAGAAACAAGCAGCUUUAUGAUAUCAUUGUGAAGAAGGUACACAUUCCUCUUCAAACUGUUCGAGCUGAUGGAGGCGUCAGUAAUAAUAGUUUUGUGAUGCAGAUGACUUCAGAUUUGAUUAAUAAGAAAAUAGAAAAGCCUGCAAACACAGAUAUGUCUAGUCUUGGUGCAGCUUUUCUAGCAGGUCUUGCUUCAGGACUUUGGACUGACAAAGAACAACUAAAGAAGCUGAGGCGAAUAGAAGCAGUUUUUGAGCCCCAGAAGGACUUGGAGGAAUACAGACCUGCUAUGGAUACCUGGAUGCAAGCAGUGAAACGCUCCCUGCACUGGUAGAAAUUGAAAUUUUAACCAUAGAAGGAUUCAAAUGCUUUGUUAAUAUUUAUAAAACUUUGUAACUAACAGGACAAUAAAAACUGUAACUGAAAUUUGUGAUGGUAAAUAGAAAAAGUUACAUGGUACUUGAGUAACCUUCCUGCUGCUAGAUUACUUAUCACUCCGUAAUGAACCUUCAUAUUGUCUUCAUGACAGCUGUAGACCAGCUGCAGCAUUUGUGUCCCUUCAGUGACCUCCUUUGGGUGGCCCAGCUGCUUGAAUCCUAUAACCAUGCGUUACAGAUGGGGAGUUUUUUCCUAUGAUGUGUUUUCUUCUGAGGAACUCACCUCCCUUCUGAUCUUUGAAAGCUUUGAUAUGUUAACCAUCAAGGAGGGGAAAAAGGGACAUAUACUUCCCCAGGUAUUUCUAAGAAAAGUAAAAUGAAGAUUUGUAGGGGAGGUGUGGAAUUGGUUGUGUAUAAAGAUACUUUCUUGAUAGUAGCCUGUUAGCACAUUUUGUUUGACUUUGUAAGGAAGCAUUUGACCUAGCGGUGUGAUAACAUUUCCGUGGUACCUAGGAAUAAGCACUAAAUUAAGAUGAAAUACAAAAGCAAAUGUGCUUUCAGGACUCCAUAAAAGAUGCAUCUUUCCAGGGUUUUUUGUAACUCAUGUUUCCUAUCUAUUUGUAGCUAUUUUUUUUUAAGUUAUAAAGAUUAAAAAAAAUGCAUUAUCUGGCAUGAUUAGUACAAAUAUGUUAAAUAUCGUUACAGGUAUGCUAACUUCUUAAAAGAAAACUAACAUCAGUAUUUUCAAGACCCUCACUUCACUCACUACAUUCUAUUAUUAUUAGAUGAAACGGUCAAAAGUGUAUUUUUGGAGCUAUUACUUUCAUAUUUUUAAAAUAAAUUGUAAUUAAAGAAACGUAA